AUGGCUGCACCGACUCCCGAUGAGCAGGCCAAAGAGCUUGGAGAGUCACAACCACCCGAGGAAAAUCAGCAUACCAGUCCACCUACCCUGGUGGUCGAAGAUGGCAUCCGGGGACUCUUCCAAGUCAUUGGCGUCUUCUGUAUCAUUUUCAAUAUCUGGGGAGCCAACUUCGCGUUCGGAUCCUUUCAAAGUUUCUACACUUUGACAUAUCUUCCAUCCUCAUCGGCAUCCGCGAUUUCAUGGAUUGGCACUGUCCAGGCAUGGCUUUUGAUCGUCGGGGGCUUGUUUUCGGGACCCCUCCUGGACCUUGGCUACUACCCAACGGCUCUUUUGGUUGGCAGUAUCUUGUCCGUGCUUGGGUUCAUGAUGCUCAGCUUGUCCAGGGAGUACUACUCGAUCUUCCUCAGCCAAGGCAUAUGCAUGGGUGCUGGCUUUGGCCUCCUAUACAUUCCCAGUAUUGCCCUGGUGAGCCGAUCUUUUGCUCGAAAGCGCGCUUUGGCUUUGGGGAUUGCCACCAGUGGUGCGCCUGCAGGGGGCAUCAUCUACACCAUCAUGUUUAACCAGCUCAUUUCAAACCUGGGGUUUGGAUGGACGGUCCGGGUGAUGGGCUUUCUGAUGCUCGCACUUUUCAUCAUUGCCGCUGGUCUGUUGCUGUGGCAUGGAGACAACACAAAAAGGAUACAGGGCAAUCGACCAAGGAGGCUCAUCGAUUUCAGAGCUAUCAAAGAUCUUCCAUUCUGGAGCUUUACGGCGGCGAAUUUCUUCCUUUAUCUUGGCUAUAUCACGCCAUAUUACUACAUCCCGACCUAUGCUCAGACGAAACUCGGUACAUCCCGCUCGCUCGCCUCUUACAUCCUGAUUAUAGCGCAGGGGGCUUCAAUCAUUGGUCGAGUCGGUACCACCGUCUUUGCGCAUUACUACGGCUCGAUGAUAUCUUGGGUCGUCUGUGGCAUGAUAUCGGGCAUCUUGUGUCUCUGCUGGAUCAGCGCGGACAGCCUGGCGCGGUUCAUCGCGUUCGCGGCAUUUUACGGCAAGGAAACUCCUAGUGGGAUUUCUGGUGCUCUGAUUCCCCUGCCCCCGAGUGUCUUCCCCCAUGUUUGCCCUGAUCCCCAGACGAUUGGCACGUGGCUGGGCAUGGCACAGAGCUUCAGCAGCUUUGCGUCUCUUAUUGGACCGCCUAUUGCAGGUGCCCUCGCCUCAAUUGGCUCCGAAGGUAGUUCCGACUUGAAUUUUCUCAGCAUUCAGCUCUUUAGCGGAAUUGUGAUGGCUUUUGGUGCCUGCGAGCUACUCCUCUUGUGGUAUCUACUCUACCGUCUAAGAGACAAGAAGGGUCUGUUUUAG